UCAAUUUAGAAUUGAAACCCUCGUGUUCCUUCCCUGACCUCCUUACAGGCCGUAUCGUUGCAGAAAAACGCGAGAACAUAACAACAAUCUCUCACUUCUACUAUACUACGCCAUUUACUGGGUUCAGAACAGCUUCAUCAACUAGUUAAACCACAAGAGAGACUCAGAGAUGCUACACAGUAAGACCUUCAAUAAGAAGACUAGGGGAGGCAAAGUUCAAAAGCUUGUAAGGGAAGUUUAUCUCAGAGACGAUAUUUACUGUGGAGCUUCAUUUUGUAAAGCAUGUGAUACCACAGGUGCUCGCUUGACUGCUUCUGCUUCCACUAUCCUUGUUCUUGACACUAAUGUUGUUCUCAAUCAGAUUGAUUUGCUUGAGAAUCCGGCCAUUGAAGAUGUUGUUGUGCUAUCAAUAGUGCUACAAGAAGUUAAGAACAAGAAUACCUCUGUUUAUAAUAGAAUUCGAGCCCUCUGCAGCAAUCCUGCUAGGAAAUUCUUUGUCUUUUCUAAUGAAUUCCACAGGGAUACUUAUGUUCAGAGCAUGACUGGUGAAAGUCCUAACGAUAGAAAUGAUAGAGCAAUUAGGGUUGCUGCCAGAUGGUAUCAGAGUCAUCUUGGUGAUGCAGUGAAGGUUUUACUUGUUACUAAUGAUAGGGAAAAUAAGAAGAGAGCUACUGAAGAGGGUCUUUCGGCUGAGACAAUUGAAUCUUAUGUGAAGUCACUGGGACAACCAGCUUUGCUUGACUUGCUUGUUCAGCCCGCUUCUGAAGAUGUAGUCAUGGAGGAAGUUGAAGAUUUGAGACCUUCAAAGAGGAAAGUUAUUUAUCCAGAGCACAAGCCCAUGUCAGAGAUUACUGCUGGUUUGACCAGUGGAAUAUAUCAUCAAGGAAAACUUCGUGUUAAUCGUUAUAAUCCAUUUGAAGCAUAUGUUGGAAGUGAAAGUAUCGGCGAUGAAAUAGUUAUUUAUGGGCGUGGAAAUAUGAAUAGGGCUUUUGAUGGUGAUAUAGUAGCAGUGGAAAUUCUUCCCCAAGAUGAAUGGCGUGAGGAUGAAUCUUUGUCUAUAGCAGAUGAAGAUGAUGAUGAUGAAGAAGUUCAUCUAGUUCCAAGCAGUGCAGAUGAUGCUCCUAGAACUACAAAUCCUGUAUCAAGUUCUGCUGCUGACACUAAUCCAAUCUCAACUCGACCAUCUGGCCAUGUUGUUGGCAUAAUAAAGCGUAAUUGGCAUUCCUAUUGUGGAUCUUUGGAGCCCAUGCCAAGGCCUGCUGGGAGUGGUAGUCUUGUCUAUGCUUUAUUUGUCUCUAAAGAUCGGAGAAUUCCAAAAAUUCGAAUUCAAACCAGGCAGCUUGAUAAUCUUCUGGACAAAAGAAUUAUUGUGGCAGUUGAUUCUUGGGACCGUCAGUCACGGUACCCUUCUGGUCAUUAUAUACGAAGUAUAGGAGAGAUAGGUGAUAGAGAUACUGAAACUGAGGUGGUCUUGAUAGAGAAUGAUAUAGAUGCAAGACCAUUUUCUGCCCAAGUGCUGGCAUGCUUGCCGCCUUUACCAUGGUCAGUCUCUGAAGAAGAUUUGGCCAAUCCUAUUAGGACAGACUUGCGACAUCUGCGUGUCUUCAGUGUUGACCCUCCAGGAUGCAAGGAUAUUGACGAUGCACUGCACUGUACACAGCUUGCAAGUGGAAAUUUUGAAGUUGGAGUUCACAUUGCUGAUGUAACAAACUUUGUUCAUGUGGGCACCCCACUUGAUGAUGAGGCUACACAAAGAGGCACAUCUGUGUACCUUGUUGAGCGUCGUAUUGACAUGCUUCCAAAACCUCUAACAGAAGAUAUAUGUUCUCUUCGAGCUGAUGUGGAAAGGCUAGCUUUUUCUGUCAUUUGGGAAAUGACCCCUGAAGCAGAGAUUAUUUCUACAAGAUACACCAAAAGUGUCAUCAAAUCUUGUGCAGCAUUGUCUUACAUUGAAGCUCAGGCUAGAAUGGAUGAUAGUCGAUUGAUGGAUCCAGUAACUAAAGAUUUGAGAAAUAUGAACACUUUGGCAAAGAUAAUGAGACAGAGGAGAAUUGAGAGAGGAGCACUAACUCUUGCUUCUGCUGAAGUGAAGUUUCAGAUUGAUACUGAGACUCAUGACCCUCUUGACAUCGGUAUGUAUCAGAUUCGAGAAGCAAACCAAAUGGUCGAGGAGUUUAUGCUUGCUGCUAAUGUUUCUGUGGCAGAGCAAAUUCUUAAACACUUUCCAGGAUGUUCGCUGUUAAGGCGUCAUCCUACUCCAACAAAAGAUAUGCUUGAACCUUUGCUGCGUACAGCUGCUGCUGUUGGUCUGAACUUGGAUGUCUCAUCAUCAAAAGCUCUAGCUGAUUCACUUGACCAUGCUGUGAGUGACGACCCGUACUUCAACAAGCUGAUCCGUAUAAUGGCAACAAGGUGUAUGACACAGGCAGUGUAUUUUUGUAGCGGGGAUCUCAGCCCUCCAGAGUUUCAUCAUUAUGGUCUUGCAGCACCUCUAUAUACUCAUUUUACUUCACCUAUUAGAAGAUUUGCUGAUGUCAUUGUCCACAGGCUGCUUGCUGCAUCUUUAGGGAUAUACAAACUUCCAACGAUAUUCAGGGACAGACCCCAGCUGACUAGUAUUGCUGAUAACUUAAAUUACCGGCACAGAAAUGCUCAGAUGGCAAGUCGAGGCUCUGUGGAGCUCCAUACUCUUAUAUACUUCAGAAACAGGCCAACAGACACAGAGGCCAGAAUAGUGAAGAUAAGAUCCAAUGGUUUUAUUGUAUUUGUGCCCAAGUAUGGCAUAGAAGGACCAGUCUACUUGACAGCUAGGAGUGAGAAAGGAGGUGGAGAAUGGUUUGUGGAUGAGCAGCAACAGAAAAUCAAGAAGAUGGAUGGUAGUGUUUCUUAUGGUAUUUUGCAGUCAGUUAAAAUUCACUUGCAGGUUGUGGAGCCUCAGCCCAACCGCCCAAAACUCCAACUUACACUUGUCUAAAUUGUCUAUGGCAUUGUCUCUUAGCUCUAGAGUUGUUCCCUGAUUUUGAAACAGUGAAGCCAUUACACUGCCAUGCCAUUUAGUUUGAAUUGCUUAGGAUAGGAUACGAUAUGGUUUGACUGUAUACAAAAUUUUGUAACAUACUAUAUAUAUUUGAGUGAGGAUAUAUUUUUUUAUUCUUGUA